AGUAAAAGGGAACACACACUGGAGAAAACAGUUGAACCAAGUGGUGGUGCUGCUGCUGCUUCUUGUUAUAAGAGCUACCUAAACCACUAAAAAACCCCCCACAUCUCUCCAUUUUUUUCUCCUGAGAAAAUCUCUUGGUUCAGAGUUGAGUUCAUAGGUGUAGUGUAGUGUCUAGGAGCAUGGACAACCAAAGAAGUUCUCUUCUUGGCUGGGCUUACUACUGCCAAGGAAAGACCUUGGAAGAGUUAAGGAAUUCCCUUUUGUUCACAAGUUUGGAGCUUGAGCAAACAAGGCUAGCAGCUCAAGAAGAGAUAAGAAAGAGAGAUGAUCAGUUGAGUCAUCUCAAAGAUCUGCUUGACAAAAUCACAAGUGAGAGGGAUGAAGCAAGGGAAAAAUGCCAAAGACUUCUCCUUGAGAAGCUCUUGCAUCAACAACAGCAGCAGCAGCAACAAAAUGCUCCUCUCUCUGGGAUUUCCAGCAUUGAAGAUGAACCCAGAAGAGCAAUUGACUCUAACAAUGGCUUCUCAUCAUCAGAUUGUGAGGAGAGCAUUGUUUCAUCUCCAGUUGUUGACCCAAUUCCACAACAACCUCAAUUGCCACCAGCAGUAGCUCCUCAAGCAACAAUAGAGGUGGUGUCUCAAAAGCCUUUACCUGAAAAGGGAAAGCUUUUGCAGGCAGUGAUGAAAGCUGGUCCUCUCUUGCAGACUCUUCUUCUAGCUGGACCACUCCCUCAAUGGAGACACCCACCACCACCACUUGAGUCCUUUGAGAUCCCACCAGUCACUAUCCCUUCACCACCACCACCACCUCCACCACCACAGCUCCUCCACCAAGACUCCUUGAUAAACAUUAAUGGUUGCAAUAGGAAGAAGGUACUCUUUGAUGGCUCUGACUCUCCAACAGAGACCAAGCGUCAAAGGAUACUUCUCCAUUGACCACUGCAACUACUGAGUGAAAAUUACACACUUCUAUAAUUACAUAAUAUAUAUAUAUAUAUAUAUAUAUAUUCACAAAUCAUUUUAAUACCACUAAAAAUUAGUGAGGAAUGUAAUUUGCAAUGAUGGGUUAUGGUUAUGUGACUGAUCUAGCAUUUUUGUACAGAAGGUUUGUUUCAGAGAAGCUAUUCCAAGUUUGACUGAACUGGAGAGACAAGGCUUGUUCUUGGCUUUUUUUGUGCCAGUGUCUUGGGUUGGAGAUUUUUGCCUCUUCUUUUAUGUUUUUGGCUCCAUGAUGUGAAAGGGAGAUUGGUUUCUCCAAGAUUGCUGUGGCAUGUAAAAUGUAACUUUUAGGUGCUAGUCUACCGAUAGUAAAACAAGUGUUUGAGCUUGAGAGAGAGAGACAGAGAAAUCACAAUCAAGAGAGAAAAAAAAAUGAUGGGUGUGAAGUUGUUAGGGUUGGAAGAUAGGUAAGGCCAACAACUAUAGGGUUUCAUAGACCUGCCUGUCUGGUUGAGUGGAUCCCACAAAUCAGAAUCAGGAUCUACUACUGGUGUGAUGUAUGAUUAUAUUACUCCUUUGUGGAGAGGGAGGUAUAUGAUUAUAUAAUUCCUAAUGUUCUGUUUUUUCUCAAAAAGUCA